CUGGUUUGUGUAUAUAUACAUGCAACUGUGUCUACAUGUAAUCUAUCUACAAAGCACUGAACCAUCUUCUGCAAAAUCAUGGCUGAUAAAAACAGAGACAACAAGGCACAAGACAAGCAGCAGCAGCAGCAGCCUCCAGAAGGAUACCCAACAGAGAAUCGCACUGAUCACCCCACUGGGAAGAAGUGCUGCCCCCAAACAAAGAAGAAAGGAGACAGAGGCUUCAUUGAAGGAUGUCUCUUCGCUCUGUGCUGCUGCUGGCUUUGUGAAGCUUGUUUCUGAAUCUUUGCUAAGUUUCAUCAACAUGGCCUAGUUUCUACCUUAUAGUCUUUCAUUGCUUGUCAUCUAUCUGUGAUUAAAUGUUUUCUCUUUCCCCUUUUCUGUCUUAAGGAAAGUAAAUUGCUUGUAUGAUUAUAGCUUGCCACCCCCCCUAUGGUUGUAAAAUAAAGUGAUUCCUAGAUCUUUGUUCUCUUUAUCCAAUUACUCCUGCUAUUUGGUUC